GCUGGCAGUGCAGGCGCCGGCCCGCUUCUGUGAGAUGCGAAGCACAGAUGGGGUGCCAUUCGCUAGAAUUGCGCGGGCAGGUCAGGCUGGUGCAGGCAUCUGGUGGCGGAACGACGACUUGCAAAAGUUCGCUCAGGAGUAAAUAUGCGCGAAGGGAAAUUUCUUCAGAUUUAAUUUCACCCGUGCCGAGGCAGAAGCUGACUUGGGCCGAGGAAGAAACUCGCGUCUCGGCUGAGGCGAUGUCGGAUCCGCAAGCUCGCUGAUUUUGAGCCGCCCAAUUUGCCGAUGGUGAGUGAAAAUGUGACAGCAGCGAUGAGGUCCCUGCGGAUUGCAGUCGCGGCGGCUCGUCUGCCAAAAUUUGAGGUCAAGUCAGAGCUGCCAGAAAUGAUAAUGGUGUCUAAAGAAGAGGAGGCAAUCGCGUAAGAAUCAAAAUGAGAGGAAACCGAGGGUCUCGGACGACGCCCCCGUUGCUGGCCGAGGAGGGUUUGGUGGGGCAACUGCACCAGAUGCUGCCACCCUCCCGGGGUGCCCGUAGCCGCCGAAGCGCCUCCUGCAUCAGAACGGCUGUGUUCAUCUUCAUCGUCACCUUCCUCUGGCUGCAGCUGCACAUGGCCAACCUGAGCAGCAGCACCUCUGGCUCCACAAAGCCAGGCGUCGUCUCCACUCCGGAGGCCGAAAACACGCUGCAGCAAUUCCUCAAUGUCCUUCCAGUUCACCUGCACAAGUUCCUGCUGGGCAGAAACAGCACUCAGAAUGGCACCGACGUGGCGCCGCCGCACUUCAAUACAUCCAUGAUCAAACAGGCCAUCGAGCAGUACAACCGUUACCAGGUGGUGCUCAACGAGGACACCUUCGGUCCACUGCAUAAUGAUUCUCUAGUCAUUGUUGUGCAGGUCCACACAAGAAUCACAUAUCUGCGGCACUUGAUUGUUAGUUUGGCCCAGGCAAAAGGCAUUGAGAAUGUACUGCUGGUUAUAAGUCACGACUUUUUUGACCCUGAGAUCAACGAACUGGUGCACUCGAUAGACUUUUGCAAAGUGAUGCAGAUUUUCUACCCUUAUUCCAUCCAGACUCAUCCAAAAGAGUUCCCUGGCGAAAGUCUUAGUGACUGUCCAAGAAAUAUCAAGAAAGAGCAGGCGCAGAAAAUCAAAUGUAUCAAUGCAGAUCAUCCAGAUCUGUAUGGGCACUACAGGGAGGCAAAGUUCACACAAACAAAGCACCACUGGUGGUGGAAGGCAAAUAGGGUGUUUGACCAUUUGGAGGUCACCAAAAACCACACAGGGCUUGUGCUCUUCCUGGAGGAGGACCACUACGUGGCUGAAGACUUUAUUGAAGCGCUAAGACUUAUGAAAAAGGCAACGGCCAUUCACUGCGAUAAAUGCAACAUUCUCUCGUUAGGAACCUACCUUAAGACUUACAAUUACUACGGUGAUUCCAAAAACAAAGAAGCUGCCAAAGCCAAGCGUUUGGGUAUCAGCACCUCUAACAUUCCUCCAUCCUGGAACUUUGAAAUAUUGCCCACUCUCUAUCAGCAGUACCAGAAGGCGGAGGUCACUCCGUGGGUAAGUAGCAAGCACAACAUGGGCAUGGCCUUCAACCGGACAACGUGGCGAGAAAUUCGCAAGUGCGCUAAGUACUUUUGCGAUUUUGAUGACUACAACUGGGACUGGAGUCUUCAGCAGGUCUCGCAAAACUGCAUUUCUCACAAGUUGUUUGCACUAGUCAUGCGAGGACCCAGGGUUUUCCACGUUGGGGAGUGCGGAGUACACCACAAGAAGACAAACUGUGAGUCGACUGCUGCAAUAAGCAAAGUGCUGAAGGUGCUGAAAAAUGCCAAAAAGCAUCUCUUCCCGUCCCACUUGACUCUCACCAUACCGGCCAACUUGAAGAAGCAGAAGCCCCUGCGCAAGGGCAACGGUGGGUGGGGUGACAAGAGAGACCACCAGUUGUGUUACAACAUGACGGUAAAAGACUUUGUACUCAACUAGGGUCAUUAAGUUCGUGGCAAGUCGAUAUAAAUGUGUGCGCGCGGACAGGAGAUUUGAGCCUAAUUAGAUGCCAAAAUUCAAGUAGAUAUGUUAACCAGCGGUUGACUUAUUUUGCUUGACUCUAACUUGAGGCGAAAAUUAUUUCAAAGCUACACAUUCUAUUUUACAUAAAGACAUUAAUUUGCUGCCUAAUGCCUAAAAUGUCUUGAUUGAGUCAAUUGUGAGUAAUAUUUUGUGAUUUUGUUGAUUUAUAUUACGACCGCUCAAAUUUAAUUGUAUGUGUUUGUCGCACAAAAAUUGUAUGUUAUUGUUUUGUCAUUUUUAUGAGUGCACAAAUAUUUCAUUAUUUCUACAUGCUUUCUUAAUGUUGUCGUCAUUUCCUGUUGUCGCUCUAGUCAAACCACAUCCUUAAUUUACUUACUCUUCAUAGGAGUCCUUGUCAAAAAAAAAAAAACGCAGUUGGCAAGACCAAUUUAUUGUGAUUUUUAUGAUCUGAACUUAAAAUUCCGGUUCAUGCAUGGCUUUCUUCUAUAUAUGAAUGAGUGAUUGAUAGGAUUUUGUAAAUAAGUGUAGUUAGCAAUCUCCAGGAUGCUGAUAUUUUUAGAUAUUUGGAGAAAGCAAUUUGUGGAAAAUAUUUUCAAUGACUUGUCAUAAUCAGUGAUUGAGCAAGAGUGAAAAAUACUCUUACAAUAAUAACUUUCUUGUCAGUGUUGCUAUCCUUGUAUUUUGCUUUAUGCAAAAACUUGAUACAAUAAGUAAAUGGUGUGCCACUUGUAUACUGUG